AUGCCUUUUAAGACACCGAAACUCGAAUACAAAGCUUGGGCUUACAAGAAUGGUAACAACCCUAUUGAAUUAAUCCAAGAAUCCGUUGACUUGGUCAAGUCUUCGAGUGGAGACUACAUUGCCCCUGAUGGAAAAAUCUUGAUUAAAAUCAACUAUGCCUCAUUAAACCCGGUUGAUUACAAGCUUUACAAGGCUAAACCAGCUUUUAUUCGUUUCAUCAAUUCAAAACAAGGAUUCGGUAAGGAUUACUCGGGUCAAGUUGUAUCUAUUGGUAACCACACCUCAACCAAAGUCAAGGUUGGCGAUUUAGUUCAAGGUAUUCAAGCACCAAUGAUUGAUAGAGGUUCAUGUGCUGAAUAUUUGCUUCUCGAUCCAACUAAAUCGCCUAUUGCUACCAAAGCCACAAACAUUGAUCUUGCUAAAGCUGCUUCAUUUCCAUUGGUUUUGGGUACUGCUAUGCAAAUCUCAAGAGGAUUGAAAAUCAAGGAUGAGAAGAUUUUGAUUUUGGGUGCUGGUACAUCAGUUGGAAGAUAUGCCGUUCAAUUAUGUAGAAUAAAGGGAGCUAAGGAAAUUGUCACUACGAAUUCUGGAAAGAAUGCUGAUUUGAUUAGUGACUUGGGAGCUACUUCACAAAUUGACUACAGAAAAAACCCAAAUAUUUUACAACAAGUCUUGGAAAGUGUUAAGGAGUCAGGGCCAUUUGAUCACAUCUUGGAUACAGUUGGAGGUAAGGAAUUAUUCCCCGAAAUUAAGCACAUUUUGAAGAAAGGUGGUGCUUAUCAUACAACUAACCCAGGUAGUUCAUUUUUCGCAUACACAAGUUCAUUGUUGAGAAAGAAAUUGGCCGCCUGGGGAUUCCUUGGUUAUGAUUAUAGUUUUGGAUUUUUAGAUUACAAUGGAGGUUGGAUUGAUUCAGCCAGAGAUUUGGUUCAAAGCGGUCAAGUUAAACUCUUUAUUGAUUCAGUUUACCAAUUCAAUGAUUUGCAUCAAGCUAUUGAUAAGUUAAACGGUGGAAGAGCUCAAGGUAAGAUUUUGUUGGAAGUUGCAAAACCAACUAAAGAAGAGGAAGCAGAAGAAAGAAGACAAGCUACGGCUUAA